AUACUUUGUUGAACAAAAGCAGCAAACCCAAACAGGAUAAAGCAACCAGUAACGUAAGCCUUUCUAAAGACUGCAACAAAACCACCAGUUCUAGGUUAACGAUGGCUGAAAUAAACGCACUCAUUGCGGAAAAUAUGCGAAAUGUGAAAAAGCAACUUGACAUAUUGGAGAUCGGCUUGCAUGAGCUGAAGUAUGGGAAAUGCACCAAGUCAUUAAAAAAGAUGCCAGAAGAGCCGGCUCAAGUUCAAAAGCUGACUGCUCAAUUGUCUGCAAUGGAUCAAAUUAAUGAAGCCAUUGAACAUAACAAACCUAUUGAACUUUCUCUUGCCAUGCAAAUGUUUGAAGAAUGUAACUCACCUGAAGAAAAUUUAGAUUUAAGAACUAGAUUAAGUCUUUUAAAAAAACAUAUAACCGAGCAGAGAGAGAAACACUGACUUACAAUAUUCAAUCGUCGAAUGAGACUAGUCUGUUAGGUUUUGCCAUGGAAGUGUCUAAUGUAUGAGACUAACUAUCUGUUGCCGAGAAAGCGAUAACAACGUGACAUAAUAAAAUUUUUGAAACUCCUUUGUUUAGGAACGAA